AUGGCCCCUAAAAGAGACAAAGAUCGUAAUGACGAGAAUUACUGGCGAAUGUAUAUCGAGGAAGCUGUUUUAAAUGAAGAUAAUUGGCGAGUUAAGGUUGUUGUCUUAGAAACUACUGGUAACGAGCAAGAGGCACUCUAUUUAAACAAAUUCGAGACUUAUGCCCAACAAGAAAAAAGAUUUGUAAUUAAAAAUAUCUGUAAAUCUGAAACCAUGUUUAUGAUUAACCAACUAGGAGGAGAAAAAAAAGUUAAGGAUGAAUAUAUGCGGGUAUUCGAAGAAGGUUAUAUGUAUAUUAAAGAAAAGAAAGAUGUUGCCCCUGAUGUAUUGGCGCUUAUAAUAAAGUAUCUAAUUUUGAAAAUGAAAGAAGAUUACAUGUUUGUUCAGCAUCAAAAGUUGGUUGUGAAAGAAGGAAUGCAAAAGGAAUCUUUUACUAUGAUUGAUCGAGCUGAGGUGAAAAACAACAAAUCAGGCCAGGUCGUUACUCCAGUUGAAACAGAAAAGUCUUCUCCGACUAAGUCCAAGGAGAAAAAAGGUGAAAGUGAGCCUGUACACCUAUCGCCCCUCAUAGACGAAGGAAAUGAAGGAAAAAAAUACGGCACGUUACUUCGUAUGAGAGGAGAGGAAUGGAGAGACAAAAUUUAUGUUGAUGACUAUCCACUUGAUGGACCUAAUCUUUAUGUUGCAAUUACAGGAUUUAUAGAACCAUAUCUUGUAGAAAAUCUUAUGAAAAUAGGAGUAGCGGUGACAGCUAUAGUACAGAUAAAAAUAGAUCCGAUAUACAAUGAAAUUUCGUCAGGUUUAUCUGCAGGGACCAAAAGAGGGCACAGCGCUACCCAACUAACGAUCGAAAAAUCAUGUACAUUUUGGGAAACAUUACAACGGUUACGCUUGAGUAAAUCUUCAGCUGAUCUUUAUAAAAAUAUGGCUUUUAUUGUUUUUACUCCACCAUAUCGUAAUAACGAGACUCUAUCUAAUAGUUCUGAAAAAAUUUACGAUGACUUGAGUUAUCUCAUCUAUGAUAUACAAGACUUAACUAGACAACACAUUCAUUAUUUAAACAGCAUGGAUAUAAAAUAUAUACCAACUGAGAGCAAAAAUGAAUACAUUUUAAGAUACUAUUACCACUAUAUGGACAAAAUUCCGUUGGAAUGUGUAAAUAUAUUUUCUAUAUUACAAAGUAUGUUACAAACAGUUUGUGUAAGUCACCCCAAUAACCAAACUACAAGUAGGUCUUCGUUGUCGACUGCUUCAACAUUAAUAGAGUCAAGAAUUAAAAACCAGAAUAAUUACGAAAUGGCAGAAACUCUUACUACGGAGGUAUUUAAGACCCUGUCAAAACACAAUUUAUAUAAAAGAAAAUAUCGAGUAACAUGCGGAGAAGAAUAUGAUAAUUUCAAAGAGCCAGUAGUAAUAAAAUAUGGUGAUAGUAUCAAAUGUACUACAUUUCAUUUAGAAAAUACAGAUCUAGAAGAUAUCGUUCGGUCUUCACUAAUUCAUAUGCCGAUCUGUAAUUUGUGGAAAAAUCACACGUAUCCUUCAGAGAACUCAAAAGCAAAGGUGAAUUUUCAUUUAGAUGCCCUUCUUUCAUGUUUCGACAGAGACAAAGUUAAUGAUUCAAUGUUAAAUAGACUUAUUCAUAUAUUAUCUUGCCGAAAACUGUACAAUAAUAGAAGUUCGUUAAAAGAGCAUCAUAUUCCUUCUAUCACUAUACCCGAGUUUAAGAGAAAGUAUUUAAAGCGGAGCAUUCUGGCAGAACCGAUUCCAAAGAGUCAUUCUUUAUUAUGUACUAGUAGUACAAGUUCACCUCCAACUCCAACAUUGGUAAGAAGCGAGAGUUAUUCUAAAGUACUUUCUAAUAGAAGUGAUUCGGAAAUUCAAAACGUUAAAUUACUCUUUAACUGUCCUGAUUUGAGUGAACUUAUUUCAGCCACUGAAAUAUUAAAUAAUGAACCGCUGGAGCAUUUAAUUGAUAAUUAUGAUUAUUUUGAAGAUUUCUCUGACACCAGUGCUUUGCUGGUAUUGCAUGAAGCUUUUACAAAAUUUAACUGCUUAAAUUACAAAUAUUGCGAAGUAACGGACAGUUUUGUGUUUAUGUUUUAUAAUAAUCACGACAGUGACGGUAUUUUAUACGACGAAUGGCGUUGCCAUUUGGUUACACCGGUGUGUUUACAAGAUUUUUUUGAUUACGUUCUUGAAGAACAGUUUAAAUGGAUUCAAGACGAAGAAAAAAUUCAUGACAAAAGCAUUGCUCUAGGGAUUAAAUUAGAAUAUAAUGAAUCAAUGGAACAAGUGACUGCGAAAUCUUGUCUGGAAAAUUUUGAAUUGGAGUCUGAGUUAUUAAUUAAAGGUUCUAUUAAGUAUCAUGAGAGAGCGGAUGUUGAUUAUCUUACUAAUGAAAAUAUAGAAAGCGAUGAGUUCUCAAUAAAAAAUAAUAGUUUAUCGACUAGAUCUACCACAGCAGACAGAAAAAGUAAUAGGCCUGAAAAAACCUUGGCGCAAAAUAGUAAAAAAAGAGUGACGGAAACCGUUGGAGAUAGCAAUUUAGAUGUUGUAAGUGAUAAUCAAACGAAAGUAAAACCUUUCUUUGGAUAUAAUUUGGGCGAUCGAAGAUUUGAAUUUUUUGGUAAAGAUUCGACUUACUUUUCUAAGGACGGAACAAAGGUAUGUAUUAACUAUACGGUAACUGUACCUUUGAACACGGAGCAUAUAAUUUUAAAAAUUAUUCCCGGUAAUUGUAAUACUGAAUUUGUGAUGCAUAAAUCUUUAGGAGAUGUAACUCAAUCACAAAGUGGUAAUACUUGUGAAUCUUUUCGAAUUAUAAGAAAAGACCAGGUUUUAUUCUAUAUUAGGAAAAAUUGGAACAAAACACCAACACUAACUUUUGAUGCUUCUUCUUUCAUAAAACCCGAGAUAAAAGAAAGCAUUAAUAAAAUAAAUAUGAGUACGAACAGUGGUAUGAAUGCAUAUUUUAACGAAUUGAUAUUUUAUUCUUUUUCAAUCACUUGGCCUAAUGGGCUUAUUGUAGAGAGUGUACAUGAAAACAAUUCUCAAGCUAUCAGUCAUAUUAAGCAGUUUUUUAUUAGUUCAAAAGCACAUUCUGAUGAAGAUAUGCGAUGUAUCAGUUCAAAUGGAGAAGUUAUUGUAUUUAAGAAAUCUGGCAUUAUAGAAGUGUUUAGACCGGAUGGGACGUGUCAUAAAAUUACAAAGUAUGGAAAGAGGCUUCUGUAUCCAAAUAUUAUAAACGAUAGUCGUACUACCAUAAGUUCUGAUAAAGUCAAUAAAAGGAAAGAUAAAAGCAAGCUCAAGCUUAAAAGAUCUACAAAGUCAUCAAAAAAUGUAAUAGAUCGUAAUGAAAUAUUGCCUGAAAAGGAACAUUUGAGUUAUAACUUAUUUAUCGAAGAUUUCGAAACUAUUGAUAGUAGUGGAUUAAAACACACGUGGGAAAGUGACAGUCUUAUUGCUACAGAAAAGCUAUUGGUAAGAACCGCCACAGACUAUUAUUUAGGAGAAGUUUUAUCAAGGCGUAUGGAUGGUACUGAAAUGCUUUUGAAUGAAGACUGGGUUUUGGUUGUAUCUUUUCCUGAUGAUACAAAAAUUACAACUACUUGUUUUAUUGAAAAUGAGGAAAUUUAUCCAGACUGUUUAGAACCCGAUCAUGGUUUGAUAAACACCCAUGUCUUUGAAUCAGAUUUAAAAUCGAAUGAUUUGUUAUCAGAUAAGAGUUUUACGAGCAGAGGCACAUCCAACAGUUUAAAUAGUAAUGAUUCUAGUAAAGUUGACCAAAGAAAAAGUAAUAAUAGAACUGAUGGCUAUGUAUCUGUUCAAGUAAGACAUAUAAUAGAACAUACGAAUUUCGCAACUAUUACUAUCGACAAAGCAAGUGAAAAAAUCACAAUAGAAUCUCCAAACAAAACAAGCUUAUCAAUUGAUAACGCAAAUCAAUAUGCAUUUUCAUUAGAUGAAUCAACAUUUGCAACAUUUGAUGGUGAAUAUUUGGAUAUAAAAUUUGAUGCAAGUUCGAUGUGUGAAUCGUCUACAAAUUGUAGAGUGAAAAUAAAUAAUACUGAAAACAAAAAAGAUCAAACUUGGCUGUCCAUGAAUGAUUCCUUUUAUAAAAAGAUUGUAAUUGACGAGGAAGGUACGAUUAAACUAGUAGAUGAACUGAAUAAAAAAGACAAAAAUCAAGCCAGAGGAGCGACUUAUCCUAAUGCUAAAGACUCCAACAUAAUUAGCGACAAUAAUGCGACACCUCGAGGAAAGUGUAAAGAAAUAUUUGACGCCAAUAUGUUGCGAUUUUUCGUAUUUAAUCGGGAUUUAACCUGUUCAGAAUUAGUACACCGUGACCUUGUUGACCAAUAUAAAGAUCACUACCGGAAGCAACCUUGGUGCUUUAUUAAUCAUUACGAUACUUUCGGUGACUGCCGGUGCUUACUCUCUUUUCUAACUCCUAUUCAACUUACAGAAACUGAGAAAUGGUUGAUGCCGUCGAAAUAUACUUAUAUGCCGAAACAGUUGAAAUACAAGGAUUUAAGAACUGACAUCGGCAAAGGAUUCUACCAUUGGAUGCGACCAUACGAACGGUUCGAGCCUACACCCACAACACUCGAUAACUUGACACUUCCAAGACUACCUAGGGCUUAUAUUUUAAGGACUUUAGAACAACUAUGGGGUGAGGAGAUGAGAGAGCAACUAAAAGGUGCCAAGGAGUUGGUCAGGGCAGUGCUUGGGUAUUGUCGUUUGAUGGAGUCGGAGUGUCAAAAAAUCCUGGAAGUUCCAAUUAGAGAUCCUCGCCCGGUAGAAGAGAGAUGCAUCGACGAAAAGUUGCAAGAUAUCGCGCAAAGAGCCGCAGCUCUUCAAUUUGCGCACAAAUUGAUCUCAAAUUCAGAACGAACGGAAAAUAAAUCUUUAAAAAACUCAUCAGACAAUAAAACCAACAGUGAAUCUGUACCUACAGACAUUAAUGCACCAACUACCUCAUCCGGACUGACCACAACUGACAAAUCUAAAAAUGAAGAUUUACGUGAAAAAACUCCCAUGUCUAAAACAUUAUCCUUUAUAAAUGAAAAUAUUCCAUCUAUAUCCACUCCUGAAAAAAAUAAAGUUAAAAAACAGAUCCUGCAGCUGAAUGUGAUCAGUGCUUCGUUACAGACAGCAUAUGAAAAACAUGACAAUAAAUCAAAACAGAUCCUAAAAGGCAUUAUUUCAUCCGAAGCAGUAGAAAAAUAUAAUCUGAAAACUGAUAUUUCGAAAUCAUUGGGACUGAAAGGAAGAGUAAGAAAAUUUAAGAAAAAGGAGAGGACAUACAAAGAAGCUAAAGAAAUACGUAUUUUUUUCAACAGGGAUGAUAACAUUAGAAUGACAGCUGGCAAGAAAGAAUGUUUUGGUAGAGGUAAUGAUAAAUUACAGAAGCGAUUCUUGCUUACUUCAUUGAAGAAACUUUACACAAAAUAUGUAAGCGAGGGAGGAAAAGCUUCAUUUUCAACUUUCAGAAAAAAUAGGCCAAGAAAUGUGGUACGGCCAAAGUUGAGUGACAGAAACACCGUUGCAUGUAUAAAGCACAGUAGUUUAGCCUUCAAAGUUGCUCAUUUAAAGAAAAUUGGCGUUAUAGAUACUUCCGAUUUGCAAGAAUUACUUGCAUCGAGUGUAUGCAGCGUUGAAUCGUACGACUGUAUGUAUUUAAAUUGUGGAAAGUGUAAAGACAACAAUCCUGAAAUGAAUUUGAUAGAUAUUACAAACAAUACAGAAUGCACAUCGAUACAGUGGAUUAGAAAGGAAUUUACGUUUGAGAAGGGAAUAGAAAGAAAAAUUACUACUACAAAGAAAUAUGUUAAAGAAAGUAUUAAGGGUACAUUUUCAGAACUCAAAGAAAUGUUUUUAGCUGAUCUACGUGCAUUCCGGCAGCAUUUCUUUAAUAACCAGAUACCGAAUGACUUGGAUCCAGUACCACUUACUACUCGAUUACAUCAAAUUACUUACCAUGUUCCAUCAACAACACUAAGGAUGUACGAAGACCUCAAGAGUCAGCUUGCUGAUGAUAUUCAGAGUCGAGCCAAACCUACAAUUACAACAAAGGCUCCAACUCCACGCCAGAAGUCUGCGAAGAGUGAUACUGAUGAAGUGACUUGUGAAGAUUUGAAGAGGUCCUUGCAGGAGAAACAAGCUGAGUAUUUAAGAGAGGUCGAAGAAAUUGUUCAGCCCAGCCCAAACCUGAAGCGCUAUUGGCGACGUCGUGCUGAAGAAAAAAAAGAGGAAGAAUUUUACAAAAAGUUGUUACGAGAGGAGUACGUGCCGCCCUACUUUCGCAAUGUGCUGGGAGGAGCGGCGUGGUGGGAUCUCAACCAAGCAGCUGGAGACGCGGUUGCCAUUGCUGAGCAAAAUGCCUGUGGUUGCUUGUUCCGUGGGGACCCUUCAGGAGCCGCCACCACCACUGACUAUAUUGGCGAAUAG